GUGAGAGAGGGUGAUUCCAAUCUCUUACGGAAAGUCUCCGAGGUUGAAAUGCAUUGCCAGAAUUGGCGCCAAGCUACCCCGAAGUUUGGUAUUCUCCUGAUGAAGCCUCGGACAUGUGCCGGAUGUCGACAUCAACUUUGAUGCUCCCUUUCUCUGUAAUGGAGGUUGACAAAGUUAGCAGGGUCAUCAUCCCUUUAAUACUGAGCAAUAACUGAAUGGAUAGCAUACCGAUGCAACAGUAUAAACUAUCGAUUUUCUACGUAAACGGCAAUUAUUCCCAUACCCAAAAAGGCAAUUCUUUUGCACAAGAUCUCCUUAUCCCUCCCUAUCUCUCUCGCUACAAUUCCCCCUUCCCUUGGACUAUCCCGCUCUCGUGAGCGGCGGACCUCGGCAUCUCGGUCAAGUCUCCGUCUCCACGUUCAAUCUCGACUUGCUUUACUCCAGACACUUUGACUCCAUUCGCGUUACUUACCUUUCCCCAGCUUUUUCUCACUCGUUCCUGGUAAAACUUAACUUAACUUUUGCAUCCCCAUCUCCAUCUCCAUCUUCCCUUUUCCCAUCAGUAAUUGCUGGUUUCUUACUGGUGAAUCGUAAUUCUGUAUAUUCCAACUGUCGCAUACCACCUAUUCUCUCUACCUGCCUAUACUCGAUACCAUCGCAAUCAUGGUCGCUGACGCUCUCGUCUACCACCCCACGGUAGCGCACUACCUGCGUUACAUGGCCACAACCCUCGGUCGCGACAAGCUCAUGCGAGUUCUUCAGUACUUCGCCCGCUUCUACGCCUGGUAUCUCCUCCGCACAAACGCAACUCCCGACAAGGUCGCCCCUUGGAACGCCCUCAAGAAGCAGUUCGGCCUGUUCCGAAAGGUCUUCCGAGCCGGAAAGUUCGUCGAGCACUACAAGGCCGCUGCCACCGCUUCCGACUCCAAGUCCCUCGACCCCGUCCUCAAGUACACUCAGGUCGGUCGCCAGCUGGGUUAUGCUGGUUACCUGACCUGCGAUGCUCUCACUAUUCCUGAUGCUGCCGGUAUCAGGAAGUGGCAGCAUGCCAAGCGCCUUCAGCAGGAGGCUUAUAGAUCCUGGGCUAUUGGUAUCGCCUUUAGCAUCAUUGGUCAGCUGUACACUCUGCGACAGCUGAGCGUGCGCGCAUCAAAGGUUGACCUGAAGGAGGGUGAGGGUGUUGUUGAGAGCAAGACCAUUUCCAUUGAGCGCGCUGCCGCCAAGAAGCAACUCCUCUGCGAUCUUUGCGAUAUCCUCGUUCCUGUCUCCGGUCUCGGAUGGGUUUCCUUCCUCGAUGACGGCAUUGUCGGUCUCACUGGUACCUUGAGCAGCGUCAUCGGUGUCUACACCCAAUGGAAGAAGACUGCUUAAUCUUGAACACAUACCAAAACCCAACAAUACCCGAUACCAUAUCUAUACACACUUCGUAAUCCCUUAUAAAGCGCGUCACACUGUUAUUUGUUCGGUCCGGCAUCUUUCUUUUUGUACUAUACGGGGGCGACAUGGUUGGGUUGUUGUCCGAAGUAAAUCACGAGUAUCAGGUUCACUCGUUGUGCAGUAAUGCCAUGUCAAUUUGAACAUACAAAAUCAAAAGUUGGAUUAUUUUGACCCUUUUCUGUGAUAAAAGCAAAAACUACCUAGCAAGUAACGACUCUUAGUGAGGGGUCCCAAAAUCUUCCUCCAGGUUAUAGUAUAAGACAAAAUAAAAGCAAAUAAGCAAACCCUCACCCACGACGGCUUCCUCAUAGUCAUACACUAUAGUUCAUAUUACCCAAGACAUUCAAGUCGUGUGCGCCCUUGGCUUUUCCCGGUAACCGUCAACUCUCGUAAUAUCCUCAGCCCUACACCUGACGCCAUCCUAAUGUCCCUCACACUUGUGUUGCUCGUUGAGAAUAUCACCAGUCGGUCGUCAAUCAUUGUUGCGCAUACCUGCUUGUUGAUCGUUUCAAUCUUGCCCUUCCUACCUCAUGACUGGUCGUCAAUGUUUCACGCCAUUUAGCGCAUUCGGUUGAGAGUAGAUCUAGCACCGUCGGUCAAGGACAGUCCCGCCAAGCAAGCGCCCAAAGCGGUAAUGGGAUAUGGAUUUACCAGUAGCGUCCACCACGAUCAUAGUCUCGGGGAUAACCACCAUCUCGUGGGUAUCCGCCCUCUCGCGGAGGGAAAUCUCGAGGAGGUCGGUCAUAAGGAGGUCGCCCAUUGGCAUAGGGAUCGGGCGGAGGAGGGUAGUCGCGGCGAUAGGGGUCAUCGUAGCGGCCGCGAGGGGGAGGGGGAGGAUAGUCCUCCAUGGGACGGCGAGGAGGAGAUCGAUAACGGGCGCGAUCAUCAUAGUAAUCGCGACGAGGACUACGAUCUCGGUAGCCGUAACCACCACCACCACCGCGAGGACUAUAUCCGCGGGGAGGGCCACGCCGAUCGUAGUCGUCCAUGGGAGGAGGAUAAGGUCGACGUCCUGGGGAGCGGGAUCGACCGCGCUCGCGAGGAGGCAUGUCCGGCUGAGUCUAGAAUGUCAUGUCAGACUUGAGUUCUUACAAGGAGAGGGGGCUUCCUUGUCAUACGUCAGCAACGCAUUGGACUCGCUGUCCCUUGAAUUCACGCCCGUCGAGCUUCUCAACAGCCGUUCUAAGGUCUGCUGCAGUCUCGAAUUCGACGAAACUGUUCCAUGUUAGCCACCAAGACAGAUAACGCGCAAGCAACUACUCACCCUCGGCCGUUCGAGUCACGACC